UCAGGAGUCAGCCUCCCUCCGUCCGAUUUUACCCACUGCUUACAAUUCAUUACUUCUCGGGAGGAUGCCUUCAAACAGCUUAGCGGGGCUGUGGUUUUGGCUUUUCUUUGAAAUACAGGUUAAGGGAUGUGUGGGUCAAACAGCUGAAGGGAGCCAACAUCUCCCGUUUUCCUCUUUGCAUUCAGAGUUGCUGCACUUCACAGAUAAUAGUGAAUAUGACAUUGUGACAGCAUAUGAAGUAAACCAAAAUGGAGAUUAUAUAAGCCAUGCAAUUGCACACCAUGAAAGAAGGAAGCGAUCAACUUCAGGGAGAUCAACUGAUUCAUUACAUCUCCAUCUCCAAGGAUUUGGCCAUGACUUCCAACUUGAUCUUAAGACCUCCAAUUUUCUUGUGGCACCUGGAUUUACAGUACAAACUCUGGGCAAGGGGAGAAUCAAGUCAGUACAGACAUUCCCAACUGAAGACUUUUGUUUUUAUCAAGGCAUUUUGCGAUUGCACAAAAAUUCAACUGUAGCACUUUCAACAUGCGGAGGCUUGUCAGGCUUGAUCAGGACGCAGGAAACGGAUUACUUUUUGAAACCACUACCUCCAAAUAUUGCACUUAAACAUAACAUUUCUGCUCCUGGUGGUCACCGUUCUCAUGUACUGUAUAAGAGAUCAACUGAAACUAAACUAGUAAUCAAUAAUAAUGAGGUAAUUGGGACAGAUGAAAGUCAGCAAGAGGCUUACAAUUAUGUCUUCCAAGAUAGCCAACCAUCUCGCAAUUCUGAGUGGCGUCAAAAGCAGCACUUUUGUGGAAGGCGUAAAAAAUAUAUGCCUCAGCCUCCAGGUGGAGACACCUAUAUCUUGCCAGAUGAAUAUAAACCUCUGCUGAGAAACAAGCGAUCUCUUCUGAAAGUGCAUAAGACCAAAGAGUUCAAUGUUGAGACUUUGGUGGUGGUUGACAAAAAGAUGAUGCAAAACCACGGCUAUGAGAAUAUUACUACUUAUGUUCUAACUGUACUUAAUAUGGUUUCUGCAUUGUUCAGAGAUGGAACAAUUGGAGGUAAUAUCAACAUUGCAGUUGUUGGCUUGAUACUUUUGGAAGAAGAGCAGCCAGGCCUUGUGAUUAAUCACCAUGCUGACCAUACCCUGAGUAGCUUUUGUCAGUGGCAGUCUGGGCUGAUGGGAAAGGAUGGCAGCCGCCACGACCAUGCAAUUUUACUGACUGGCUUUGACAUCUGUUCCUGGAAAAAUGAGCCUUGUGAUACUUUAGGAUUUGCACCCAUAAGUGGCAUGUGCAGCAAAUACCGCAGCUGUACUAUUAAUGAAGAUACUGGACUUGGACUUGCUUUUACUGUUGCUCAUGAAUCUGGACAUAACUUUGGCAUGGUCCAUGAUGGAGAAGGAAAUAUUUGCAAAAAGUCUGAAGGUAAUAUUAUGUCACCCACAUUAGCAGGACACAAUGGAGUCUUCUCCUGGUCAGCUUGUAGUCGUCAAUAUCUCUACACAUUUCUAAGCUCUCCUCAGUCCUUAUGUCUUGCUGAUCAACCUAAGCCUGUGCAGGAAUACAAGUAUCCAGAGAAACUUCCAGGGGAACUUUAUGAUGCAACUAUUCAAUGCAAAUGGCAGUUUGGAGAAAAAGCUAAGCUAUGCAUGAUGGACUUUAAAAAGGAUAUUUGUAAAGCAUUGUGGUGCCAUCGAGUUGGUAGAAAAUGCGAAACCAAAUUUAUGCCAGCUGCAGAAGGUACAAUCUGUGGUUACGAUAUGUGGUGCCGUGGCGGCCAAUGUGUGAAAUAUGGUGAUGAAGGACCGAAACCAAUCCAUGGACAUUGGUCUGAGUGGUCUAGCUGGUCAUCCUGUUCUAGAACCUGUGGAGGAGGUAUAUCUCAUCGAGAACGAAACUGUUCUAAUCCAAGACCUUCGCAUCGAGGGAAAUUCUGUGAAGGUUCCUCUCGGAUGUUGAAGCUUUGUAACAUUCAGAAGUGUCCCCCAAAUAGCAUUAGCUUUAGAGCUGCUCAGUGUGCAGAAUUCAACAGCAAGCGGUUCAGAGGCUGGCACUACAAGUGGAAACCAUAUACUCAAGUAGAAGAUCAAUAUUUGUGCAAACUAUACUGUAUUGCAGAAGGCUUUGAUUUCUUCUUUUCUUUAUCAAACAAAGUAAAAGAUGGGACACCCUGUUCGGAGGAUAGCCGCAAUGUUUGUAUUGAUGGUAUUUGUGAGGUGGUUGGCUGUGAUCAUGUCUUAGGCUCCAAUGCUGUAGAAGAUGUUUGUGGAGUAUGCAAAGGAGAUAAUUCAAGUUGCAGAAUGUACAAAGGGCAGUACACAAAACAACACACUACAAAUCAAUACUAUACAUUAGUCACAAUCCCUGCUGGAGCAAGAAGCAUUAAUGUGUAUGAGAUGAAUAUAUCCAACUCCUAUAUUGCUGUUCGUACUUCCAAUAAAAAAUACCACCUCAAUGGCUAUUGGACUGUUGACUGGCCUGGGAAAUACAAAUUUGCUGGAACGCUGUUUGUCUAUCAAAGACCACAUAACCACCCAGAGACAUUAAGUGCUUCUGGACCUACAAAUGAAAGCAUUGUAAUAGAGCUUCUCUUACAAGAUAAAAAUCUAGGAAUUGCGUGGGAAUAUUCUCUUCCUAAAGUGGAAACCGAAAAAACAAAAAUAUUAAAACAUAACUAUACGUGGGCCAUCAUCCGUUCUAAAUGCUCAGUCUCAUGUGGAGCAGGUCAAAUGGUGACAAAAGAAACCUGCUACAAAGAUUUUCAAGUACAAGUCGAUAUGUCUUUAUGUGACCACAAGAGUCGACCAGCUACUGGAGCCAUCCCUUGCAAAAUGCCACCUUGUCCUCCCAGCUGGUCUGUUGGGAACUGGAGUGGGUGCAGCUUGACUUGUGGAGGAGGAGAGAGGUUUCGGGGUAUUCACUGCAUGCAGAGAAUUCAAUACGAGCCAGAAAGGGUAUCAGACUCCCUUUGUCAAAUCCCUGGCCCAGUCACCAGGGAGCUAUGUAACACUCAAAGAUGUCCGCCUACAUGGAGCACCGGGCCAUGGUCUGAGUGCUCUCGAACAUGUGGGAAAGGCUGGAGGAAAAGAACUGUUCUGUGCAAAAGCUUCUCUUCCUCUCACUGGGAUCAAAUUUUACCUGAUGCUGCUUGUGCCGCAGAACUGAAGCCAAAGAUGCAAGAAACCUGCCUCCUGAAACGAUGCUAUAAAAACAAGAAACUUCAGUGGUUUGUGUCUGCAUGGACCGAGUGCUCUGUGACAUGUGGAAAGGGAAUACAGAGGAGAACCCUGAACUGUGCUGAAAAAUAUCUUUCUGGAAAGUAUCGAGAACUUGCCCCUAAAAAAUGUUCCUAUCUUCAAAAACCAAACAUAGAGAUGGAAAAAGUUUGCAUCCUACAUCCUUGUUACAAGCACUCUGCAUAUUUAUCAAUAAAUCAAGGCAGCUGGUUUUCCUCCUCUUGGUCUCAGUGCACAGUGACCUGUGGAGGUGGCAUGCAAGUGAGGUCCGUUCAGUGCCUAGCAAAUGGGAGAUCAGCCACCGGAUGCCUCCUGUAUCAGAAGCCCAUUGCAUCACAAGCCUGUAAUAUAAACUUCUGUCCUCUUCCAGAAGCAAAAGAUGUCUUCUGUAAGGAUUAUUUUAACUGGUGCCACUUGGUUCCCCAACAUGGCGUUUGUAGUCAUAGUUUCUAUGGGAAGCAAUGCUGCAGGUCUUGUAUCAAUUCUAAUUUGUGAGCAUUGCCUAUAAAAUAUAAGGCAUAGCUCUGAAUGAGCUUCACCUCUUAACUGGCAUCUAAGCUGAUAAACAAGAGAAUCUCAAGAGCGACUGGAACACUCUGAAGCAGCCUUCUUGGCAAACAGUAUGACUCCAGGUUAAAAAAAAAAAUAGCCAAGAAUCAAGUGCAUGGAGGAGGUCACAUCCCAAAUCCUUUUCAGUAUUCUAAUGUGACCUGAGUGAAUAUCUAGUUCUUAAAAUAAACCAAAAGAAGGGGCUUUUAAUGUAAACAUGGUUUAGUUUUCCCCAAGUCUGAAUAUUAUAGGAAGGAGGUUGAUCCUUGAAAAUAUAACCAAUUUCUUUUUGAGGAGCUGAUGAGAGGAGAACAUCUAUGAACAACAGAGCUAUUGGUUGAGACUGAAGGUUGAGUUUUCUUUAUACCUCAGUUUCUCCUGCUAAAUAAAUACUUUGGGCACUGUCUACCAGCAGGUUUUUCUGACAUGAGUCCUGUUGAAAUUAGCAAGAACUAUUAAAGUUGUAGAGGAGCAUAUUAGUGGGGCUCUCACGGAAGUCUCCAACAUUAGUGGCCUUGCUUACUCCCAGCCACUUCAUUGAAAUAUUGUGAAGGAUAUACUAGAGCUAGAUUGCAUGGUUCACCUGCAGUUUCCUGCUUACAAAGAUCCUACACUGUAACAGAUUGCAGCAACUGAAACAUGUUUAAGGCACGACUGCCAAAAAAUAGAAAUCAAUUGAUUUACUUAGAUCUAAAGCUUUGAAUAUGCAGGAUGCAGAGAAAAGCAAAGCCUAAAGAUUCCUUUCAUUUUUUCAAAGUGUGUUGGACAAUGAGAUCUUUUAUAUUUGUCACUGUCAAAUGAGCAAUCAUAUUUAAAUGUCCUUAUUUUAGGCUUUACUCUUAAAUAUAAAAAGAGUUGUUCUGCUAUCAGUGUUACAGAAAUGGCUGAUUAUACCAAAAGUAUGUUGUUUGUAUUUAAACACAAGGUACUGUCAUGUUAGUUAUCAGCACCAGAAUAGCAUAAUAUAUCCAUGAUUUUUUUCCCUCUUCUUUUCUGGUUAUAAUGGCUGUUCAACAUAACCGGAAAUUAUUUUCAAAUUUAGAACUACACAGAACAUCAAUACUUCUGCUGACUGCUGGCUGCCUGCAGUUUGGCAGUUCGAUUCUAACUAGCUCAAGGUUGACUCAGCCUUCCAUCCUUCCGAGGUCGGUAAAAUGAGGACCCAGAUUGUUGGGUGCAAUAUACUGACUCUGUAAACCGCUUAGAGAGGGCUGGUAGAAUUGAAUAAAAUGUGUCUUUAAUUUCCUACCACAUUACAGAAAUUAACAAAAACUGAAUACAAUUGACAGACUUUUUUUAAAUACAAAUAUGGACUACUUACAAUAACAUAGACAAAAUCAACUUUUCUUUGUCCAAAAUUAUUGGUGCUUUUCUCUGUCCAGAAUUAUUGGUGCUUUUCUUUGUCCAGAAUUAUUGGUGCUGUCCUCAGAUUUUUUUUUUUAACUUUUUUCUUUUUGGUGCUGCCAAUGAAAAUGGGAAUUUGAAAAUUUAUAUUACCUGAUAUUUAAUAAAAAUAUUUCUGUAUUAUCUCAUUAUUUAUUUCA